AUGAUCUCGCAGAUCUACCAGGAAGUAUCAGAUGCUCCGGCGUUAGCAUCUCCUUUUAAACGCUUGUCAUCACCAGACAAGAAGAAGGAGCAAAUUAUUCUCAAUGGUUGGGAUUGUUUUAAAAAAGUUCUGCUCUUAGAAGAUCAAAACUUAAUUAACCAAAAAAUGGAGGAAUUUCUCAACGCUUUUGUUAAAGGAACAUGUGAUCAAGGAUUUGAGAUUAUAAAUCAAGUUGAAAAAGAGGCAAAAAAAGAACUGAAAAGAUCGUGUCACAUAUGUGAUAAAUUUUUCACACGACCUUCUUCUCUUCAAAAACAUUUACAAAGUGCCCACAACAUUACAAAUGUUGUAGAAGAAGAAAGAAUCGAAGAAGAAAAUAAUGAACUUCCAAUCUCAUCAACAGUGUUAACAUAUAAAGGCAUAAAAAAAUCAAAGGAGAUUUACUGUCCACAUUGUGGACAGCUCCAAGUAACGAAAUUGACCAUGCAAAAUCAUCUUCAAAUAGUUCAUAAGAAGGAGAUCGAAGAAGAAAUGAGGAGAAUGUUUAUUGAACACAAUUAUAGUAAGAAAGUAGAAAAAAUACAUGAAACAGAAGAGCAGAGAGAAAGAGCACCUAAUCCAACAUCAACAUCUCCGUCAUCGCCAUCUCCGUCAUCGCCAUCUCCGUCAUCACCAUCUCCGCCAUCACCAUCAAAUUCAUCGCGUAAUUCGCCUUCAUCGUUACCACCUUCUUCACCGACAAGUUCAUUAUACUAUACGCCUCCAACUUCACCUGCACCUUCUGUAGGUUCAUCUCCUCCUUCUUCACCUUAUGACAUAUAUACCACACCAGUUUCAUCUCCAAUCAUUCAAUGCGAUGAAAUUUCAUCUUCAAAAAAUUAA